AUGACCAGUUUCUAUGAUAUAGUGCUGGUCAUAGAAAACACCAGCGACGAGAUAAUCACUCUGAAGCACAUCACUCUAUUGUGGAGCAUCAAUUUCUUUGAUUACUCGGAGAUUUCCCGUAUUGGACCUUGUGAGGGUCAGCUCUUUCCAGGUUGUCAAAGUAGGUUCAGGAUCGGCUGCAAGCGCCGCAGGGAGUAUGGCUAUUCUUACGUUCCUGGUGUACUCACGUUCGAGACUGAAGACGGCAUGGAGGAAUUUCACAUCCUGAGAUUUUUGUCCGUGCGCAUCGUUAGCGACUUGUACGAUGAUUUGAAACAGACCUCCGAGUACAGACCUCCCCAGCGGGCACCAGAGAUUCCCAGGGAUGUCCAUCGCCAGCUGUNUGACAAACACGGGAUAAAACUCACUUCAGAUCCCAUUGGAGACGAAAGUGGAGUGAUAGAAUUAAGAGUUGAGAGCGGGAAAUAUGGCCAGAUAGUGCUGGUCAUAGAAAACACCAGCGACGAGAUAAUCACUCUGAAGCACAUCACUCUACUGUGGAGCAUCAAUUUCUUUGAUUACUCGGAGAUUUCCCGUAUUGGACCUUGUGAGGGUCAGCUUCUUUCAGGUUGUCAAAGAAGGUUCAGGAUCGGCUGCAAGCGCCGUAGGGAGUAUGGUUAUUCUUACGUUCCUGGUGUACUCACGUUCGAGACUGAAGACGGCAUGGAGGAAUUUCACAUCUUGAGAUUUUUGUCCGUGCGCAUUGUUAGCGACUUGUACGAUGAUUUGAAGCAGACUUCUGAGUACAGACCUCCCCAGCGAGCAUCAGAGAUUCCCAGGGAUGUCGUGACCACACGAGGCAUACCUCUUCCACCGUUAACGAGGAAUGGUCUGGUCAUGCAAAAGCUAAACCCUUACGAAAUUCCUCUCACUGUCAAGGCCCAGGUUGUCAAGAGUAAUCAAGUUCGAGAGGGACUGAGGGAGCGAUUGGAAAAGAAGUUGAAUUUCGACAACUACCAAGAAAAGUUCAGUAUACUUCUGCAUAUAGAAGAGCUUCAAAUGCAAAAGGACAUCAGGAAUUAUGACAUGAAAGGAGUCGUUUUUCAGCAGGAAAGAGGAGACAGACGGUUCCUCAUCUUAGAGGUACCAGGUCUUGCUGAGAACCGUCCGUCCGUAUUACGUGGUGACAGAAUCUUUGCUUACCAACCAGGCGUGCUACAGCGACGAUACGAAGGAAUCGUACACAAGGUUCAACUGUUGAAUGUAAAACUUGGGUUUGAUUUGACAAGCAUGCCGUAUGUGAAAGGGCAAAAAUAUGACAUCCAAUUCACAUUUAAUCGGCUUCCAGUACAGAUGGAACACCGGGCAUGUGAGCAGAUUACAGCAGUAACCAGACAGGAAAUGCGCCAUGUUCUCUUCCCGCAAGAGCAGAGUCUCGAUCAGAGAGGAGAGAUCAAUAAGACAGUCAGAUCUUUCUACGAUCCCAAUCUGAACAGUGAACAGCAGCAGGCAGUACAGAAGAUUUUGUCAGGGUCGUCACGCCCUGCUCCGUACUUGGUGUUUGGACCUCCUGGAACAGGAAAGACUGUUACUUUGGUAGAAGCUAUCAAACAAGUACACAUCCUUAUCGAUUCGAGUUUCAUUCUUGCGUGUGCGCCUGAAAACAGUGCCGCUGACCUGUUGGCUGAACGUUUAUUGGCUCACGUGGAUAAAAGCAAAUUAUUCCGGAUGUACGCUGCAUCCAGACCAUGGGACUUUGUGCCACAAAAGUUAAAGGACGCCCGAGUGGUGAAUUUUGACCCCGUGUCACAUGACGUAUUCUACCCGUCGAGAGAGGAGUUGAUGGCCAACUAUCGCAUAAUCGUCACCACUCUGAUCACCGCAGGAAGGUUGGUCUCGGCACUGUUUCCUCGCAAUCAUUUCAGCCACAUUUUCAUAGAUGAGGCAGGGCAUGCAACAGAACCCGAGUGUAUCAUCCCUGUAGCGGAUCUCCUGGACCCUAAUCAUCCAAGGGGCGGUCAGCUGGUACUCGCCGGAGACCCCAAGCAGUUGGGACCUAUUCUUAGAUCACCGAUCUCAGUGAAAUAUGGUCUUGAAAUCUCACUUUUGGAACGUCUGAUGACGUCAUGCACUGCGUACGCGCGUGGACGCAGAGGGAAUUACAACUCGGAUCUACUGACGAAGCUCGUGAACAACUACCGCUCACACAAAGCCAUCAUUGAGAUUCCCAAACAACUGUUUUACGACAAUGAAUUGAAUGAAUGCGCUGGAGAUUUUAGAAACGUGAUGCUGGGCUGGGAGGAGCUGCCAAACAAGACCUUCCCCAUCGUUUUCCACCCCGUGUACGGCAAGGACGAAAGAGAAGGCAGCAGCCCUUCAUUCUUUAACGUUGCCGAGGUGGAAACUAUUGAGCGCUAUCUAAAGAAACUGCUGGACGAUAACGUGAGGAGCAGAGGAUUAAAACACCUGAGGCCAGAGAUGAUUGGAGUUAUUUCUCCCUACAAGAGACAAGUUCAAAAGAUUCAAACGAUGAUUGAAAAGAGACGGUUUGGUCCUGGGAUUAAAGUUGGCAGCGUGGAAGAGUUUCAGGGACAGGAGAGAAGAGUGAUCAUCUUAUCAACUGUCCGAAGUACCAAGAAGGAAUACUUAGAGAUGGACAAGGAUUUCCACCUUGGAUUUCUAAACAAUCCAAAAAGAUUCAAUGUAGCCAUUACUCGUGCCCAGGCCCUCUUGAUUUUAAUAGGAAACCCGGACAUGCUGUGUUUGGACGAAAACUGGAAAAGGUUUUUGGACUACUGUGGAGAAAACAGGGCUACUGUUGAUGUAGAAAGGAAAGAAAAGGUGGAGGAUAUUGCAGACACUCUCAGAGGACUUAAACUCCUCUCAGCAGCCUCAUCAGAAUGCAAUGAAGA